GGAAACAAAGACACCUACAUCUUGGAUGCACUUGAGAGACCAGAUGAAGGAGCAGACUGUCUCCGCUGAGUGUGUGGCCUGCAGGACAGGUGUUGCUCACUGACUGACCUCUUCAUCUCCACUGUAGGAAAGUAGCCUACAUGCCAUAAAAAUACCCGAGAUAACAUUUCACUAUCUCUCUCUCUUAUGCAUGAACUUUGACCUGUUCUUUUCUCAUCCGCAAAUAAAACAAGCUCUCUAACUCUCAUCGAUUUAACAGCACUUCAUGGAUUUGUAACUGCUUAGGAAAGUCAUAAAAGCAAUUUGAGGAAUAGGGGUGGGACUCGGAAGGCAGGGCGUGGAUACACACCAUAAACGGGUGGGAGAUGAGUGGGUAACCCUGGUCACCCGAAGCUGCAUCCGAAGCCAUCACUCCAGCAAAAAGAGCAUGACAGUUAUGAUUCGUUAUCUUACUUUAACACGCGAACGCGCAAAAUUAGUGACUUCGAGGCGUGAGUAAAUCUCACUAAAUGUCAAGUCUUGCAACCAAAAGUCACUCUUUUGCAUUUAAUACGGCAUGAUUCCUCCGUUUACCGUGUUAUGUCUUGCGAAGCAAAGACACUCAUGGGAUGUUGGACGACGAGUUUCGACUUCGGACACCUGAAAGCGCAUUCCAAGGUGUCCGUGUUCUUUACCAUGAUCCUUAUAUUCACCUAUUUAUUCUACUGUCUCACUGGAUACUGCGAUUCCAUGCCGAGUCCACUGUACGUGCAUCAGAGUUUCAGAAGCAAACUUUUCCCGAAGGAAGGGAAGAAACUCCAGCCGGACGCGCGCGGGAACGGCUCCGUCGUGCGCGAACUCCUCGACCAGGACGGGGAAGAUGAGAAGCGGCAGCGAGCUUUAGGCUAUGACACUUACAGCAAUCUUUCUGUGUCAAACAACUUCGGGACUAAAGAGUUUCCUCAGGCGAUUAUCAUCGGCGUGAAGAAGGGGGGAACGCGCGCGCUUCUGGAGUUCCUGCGCGUGCAUCCUGACGUGCGAGCGGUGGGCGCAGAGCCGCACUUCUUUGACAGGUUUUAUGAGAGGGGUCUUCAGUGGUACAGGAACCUAAUGCCUCGUACUUUAGACGGCCAGAUCACUAUGGAGAAGACACCCAGCUACUUCAUCACACGUGAAGCCCCUGCCCGGGUUUUCUCCAUGAGCCGCAGCACCAAACUCAUCGUGGUGGUCCGUGACCCCGUGACCCGGGCCGUGUCAGACUACACUCAGACUCUGACCAAAAACCCCGGCCUGCCAUCUUUCCAGAACCUGGCCUUCAAGAACUCCACCACGGGUCUGAUCGACACGUCCUGGAGCGCCGUGAGGAUCGGCAUCUACUCCAAACACCUGGAGAACUGGCUCAGGUAUUUCCCGCUCGCGCAGCUUCUCUUCGUGAGCGGCGAGAAGCUGGUGACGGAUCCGGCGGGAGAAAUGGGCAGGGUGCAGGAUUUUCUGGGACUCAAACGAGUGGUCACCAAUAAGCACUUCUACUUUAACCAGACUAAAGGCUUCCCGUGCCUCAAAAAGCCGGAGGGAAGCAGCAGACCGCGAUGCCUGGGGAAGACGAAAGGAAGGCCGCAUCCGCGCAUCCCGCCGGAGGUGCUGCACAGACUCAGGGAUUUCUACAGGCCUUUCAACAUGAAGUUCUACCAGAUGACUGGCCAGGACUUUGGCUGGGACUAAAAAGAGUUGCAGCCAGGACCCUUUUUUGAUAAUGCAGAAAGCUACGAAACUAUCUAGUGAUUUUCAGCACCAGUCAAAGCUGGCCCGAAAAGUCACUUGCCCCUUUCACACAUACAGUCUUUACUGGUAAGUUACUGGUAAUGGUAAUGUAUGACGACAACGGCUCUGUGUUUUAAGAUCACUUCCGAUGACUGACAUCACAGAAUUUACCAGUAUUUUCGAGCUGUUGUGUGAAUGGUUUCUUCCCGGUAGAAAGCCAGAACGCCAUUGAACGGCAUAUUUGUGUACACUCUUAGAAGAAAUGGUUCUAUUUAGAACCAGAAAUGGUUCCAUCCCCCGCUUCAUAUA